AUGGCACCCAUCCUUAACGGUACGCCCAACGGCACUCAUGAUGCCGCCAAUGGUCACACGAACGGCGACUCGAAACGCGCCAUACGUAUUGCCGGCGCCAGCGGCGGCUUCAGCGACCGCCAACGCGCCUUUGCUUCCCUCGCAGCUUGCGAUGUCGACUGCAUUAUCGGUGACUGGAUGUCCGAAUGUACCAUGACCCUCCACGGAGCGGAGAAGGUCUCCAAUCAGAAGAACAAUGUCAUGGACGCUGCGGGCCUAUACGAUCCAACUUUCAUGGAGAAUCUGCGUCCAGCGUUGGCGACAAUCCAGGAGAAGGGGAUCAAGAUCGCCGUAAAUGCGGGAGCAAGCGAUACUGAGAAGCUGGCCAAGCUGGUCGAGAAGACGAUCAAGGACGAAGGACUGGAUUUGAAGGUGGGAUGGGUUGGAGGCGAUGAGGUCACGGACGUGGUGAACAGACUGCUGAAGCAGGGGGAGAAGUUCGAAAACAUCUGCACUGGCGGCACGUUUGAUCAGUGGGGAUUUGAUCCCAUCUGCGCGCAAUGCUAUCUUGGCGGUGCUGGCGUUGCAGAAUGCUUACGCAAUGGUGCCGAUAUUGUCAUAUGCGGUCGAGUAGCUGAUGCCGCUCCCGUGAUCGGCGCAGCAAUGUGGUGGCACGGCUGGGACCGUGAAAAGGAUCUCGACUCCAUCGCUGGCGCACUCAUUGCAGGCCAUCUUCUCGAAUGCUCGGCCUACGUCUGCGGCGGCUACUACUCUGGCUUCAAGGAUCUGAUGGACAACUGUGAGAACAUCGGCUUUCCCAUCGGCGAAGUUAACGCCGACGGAAGUGUGCUGAUGACCAAGGAGCCUGGUACCGGUGGUGAGAUGUCCGUCGGGACAUGCACAAGUCAGCUACUGUACGAAAUUCAAGGACCUCGCUACUUCGGCUCGGAUGUUGUUGCGCUUCUUGAGGGCGUGAAGAUGGAGCAAGUAGGCAAGGACCGUGUUCUUGUGUCCGGUGUAAAAGGGCAAGCACCGCCAGUGUUCACCAAGGUCGGUAUCACAGCCUUCGGCGGCUACCAAGCUGAGUUCCACUACUACAUCUGCGGCCUGGACCUCGAAGACAAGUGCGAAUGGACCGAGAGGCAGAUUCGCUAUUCUAUCGGCGAGGAGAACAUGAAGAAGAUUCACUGCCUCAAGUUCAUGCUCAACGGCUACUGCCCAGAGAACCCGCGGAAUCAGGACAUCGCAACAGUCGAUUUCAGGAUAUUCAUUCAGACCAAGGACCCGAAUCUUGUUUCGAAGGGUACUCUGGAUGUACCGGGCUUCAACCGUAUGUGCAUGGAGAAUUUCCUGCAAUCAUGCCCGGGCGCAUCGCUAGGCAACGACCAGCGGCAAAGCCAAGGCAAGGAGUACUACGAGUACUGGGUUGCGCUACUGCCGCAGAAGGACGUUGAACACAAAGCAUACCUGCCGUGGCAAGACAAGGCUGUAGACAUCCCAGUUGCGCCUAACACGAUCGACUACCCAACAAGGCAGUGGAGCUACGAUACCAAAGAACCCGUUGAUCUGGACUCUUUUGGUCCUACGGUCCGCGGUCCGCUUGGCUGGAUCGCUAUGGGCCGAUCCGGUGACAAGGCAUCAGAUGCAAACACCGGAUUCUUCGUGCGGCACGACGACGAGUGGGACUGGCUGCGGUCGCUACUCACUAUUGAGAAGAUCAAGCAAAUGCUUGAUUUGGAAUACCACGGUGGUGUGGUGGAGAGGUUUGAGAUUCCUGGCAUUAGAGCGGUGCACUUCCUGCUGGUCGAUCAUCUGGACAGAGGCUUCAAUGCUUGUUCAACGUACGAUACCCUGGGAAAGAACGUCUGCGAGUAUUUGAGGGCGAAGCAUGUGGACAUCCCAACAAAGUUUCUGAGGAGAGGCAGAAUCUGA